CCAUCUUUGAAAACCGCGGCGAUUGAGCAGCAGAAACUGCAUCGGUUGUUUUCAACCUCGGUGUGUGCGUUUAUUUUGCUUUUUGUUCGCUUAUUUACGUGCGGAUCGAAUUUGGACAAAAAAUGCUGAACCAAGUGCAGUGACAAGUGCGGGCAUUCAUCGUGAGUGAAUGGGAAAAUUCUCAUAAGGAAACAUCCGUACAGUGGAGACCCUCGGAAAGGGUGCUACCGCUACGCUGCUAGAAGAAUCUUCCACCCGCUUCUGUGAACCCCGUUGCCGCAUUCUUCCCGCCUUUCCCGUUGGACUUCGGUUUAUAAUGUGCUGGUAGUGGUAACUGUCAUCGUUCGGUCCUCUUUCGCUGGUUGAUUCGCGCGUGUCGAGUUUUUAUUUACGGAUUCAUUCAUAGCAAGCGGAGUGCGGCUGUGUGAGUGUGUUUUGAUAUUUUCGAAGAUCGCGCGCGGCGCCGGAGCAAAAAACGUAAACAAAACCGUGCAACAACGGCAUCUGCCGCUGGGGUGGUGACUGGUCAGGCCAGAAGUAGAAGGUGCUUUCCGUGCCUAUCUGCGGUGUGAAACCUUGUGUUGGUGUUUGUGGAGAAUCAGUCAUCGGAGUGUUUUUCUUGAUUUUCGAUUUUAUAUUGUCUCCGAAGGGGCUGCAAGCUGCUCUCACGGUGCAUUUUUUACAUCAAUUUCAAUCAAUAAAAUACAAAACGAGUGGUGAUAAUUCGGGAAAAAUAAAAACGGGAUUUCCUGCUCCGUUGCUCGGUGGAAGCAGGAUUGAAGCUGAAAACGAAUUGAAUCAUCUGAGUUUUGGAUGCACGAUUGGAUUGGACUUGGUUGCGUUGGAUUUUCAUCAAUAGACGGAUUUAGUUGCGGACAGUGUCUGGUACUGCCAAAGGUUGAGAGAUAACGACGAAGUUUGCCACCAUCAUGGAUUUCAAACAGCAGAAUGGCCAGGCACAGUUCCCUCGGAGUAGUUCAAGGCUCAAGCAUCAAUCAUCCACAGCAUCCAGCAUCUCGUCAUCAUCUUCGAACGCCCCGCAGAAGGUCACGCUGCGGAGAAGAUGUCGCAGUGAAAGUCUUCCGAUGGCACCGAUGUGCGAGUCCAAAAGUGGCAAAUCCCGACUGCACGGUCACUACCACCAGCAUCAGCAUCACCAUAACCUCAAGUCGAAAGGUGAAGCCGCCCCUACCCUGCUGAUCGAAUCUUUCAGUCUUCAAGGUAACGGCCGGAAGAUGCUCCCCGUAAUUGCCAACAACGAUCUACUGCCCAGCAUAACAAUCAAUAAUGCUAAAGAGAACGUCAUGCAUAACGGGCAUACCCGGCUGGAGAGUGGCGUCAAUGUCAAGGAUGUCUACAUGAACGAACUCGAUGCUUAUAGGAAAGAUCGGUGGAAUGGGUACUACAUUGCGGGAGAACGGCAACUCGAGUCACGGUUUGCCCGUAACCUGGAAAGUUCGUUCAAUCCGCGAAAGACUAUUUUCGAUCGAAGCAAUCGCAAGCUGCGGGCACGAAGCGAAUCCGAACCGCAAGAGAUCUACACCAGUACGCCGAUGGUCGGUGGGGCUUCUAGCAGCGGGAGAUCCACUCCCGGGUGGACCAAUCGAGACCACAUGCGCGAUGUAUCCCUGAAACGAACCCGCGACACCAUCUCCCCUACACUGGAAGGCGACGAAACAGUGGAAUCCGCUCCUUCAAACAUCGUUCAAAAAGACUCACCACCAUCGAAGAUGCUAAAUGCUAUCGACUCAACUGGACUAGACGAAAGUAGCGGCAAAGUUCAACAACGGCUCGGAAAAUCCACCAAAUCCUCUAGCAACGCGAACGGCAUGCGGGUGACGAAAACCGUUCGAACCCGCACGGGAGCAUCCGUGAACAAAUACAAAUCCUGUCUUAAAUCUGCCCCGACAACCGCUUCGGCUAUCGUAGCUUCCGGUGGAUCGGUGGCCCACAUCGUCGGCCGGAAGUCGGUCUCACCUCCAUUGCUCAAACCCCUGGCCGGUUCUACCUCACCUACUCCGUCCGGUAUGUCGACGGGAACCAGUGGCGGAGAAUCGGUACACACUCAGGACCUGGAUACGGAAACCAUCGGCCACUCGGAUGUUGGCGAGGACGAUGAUUUAGAUGACGAAUGCGACGGAGAGGAGGACGACUUGGGAGAUGAGCUGUUGGGUGACGACGACGAAGCACUGAAUGGAUCGAUUACGGACUCGGAGGACAACUACCAAACCCAUCUGGCGGCCUAUCAAGCGCGGGCAAAGUCGCACUCCUCGUCCCCUUCGCCUUCGUUGGUCCGUGGACCAGUGACGUCGAUCGGGUGCGUACUCGGAGGAUGCCCACCGGAAGGCCCCCUCACGCCUAGCCUGUUUCCUCAUGUGCCACCGUACAUAUCAUUCUCCACGCACGAAGAGAAAGGACCCCCAAUGCCGCCCGCCAUCCACAAGGUACUCAAGUGGAAGAUGACGCUGAUUACACCGAUCGUCGUGCGGAAGGUGUUGAUCAACAGUGGAUUUAGACUGCUGAAAAAAACAAACGACUGGAUAGGCAUCUGGGGAAAGCACAUGAAAAGUCCCUGCUUCAAGACGCUGCGUCCGUACCAAAAGUUCAACCACCUGCCCGGUAGCUUCCAGAUUGGACGGAAGGAUCGCGUUUGGCGGAACCUUCAAACCCAGAUGAAUCGGCACGGCAAGAAGGAGUUCGGCUUCAUGCCUCGAACCUACAUCAUACCUCAGGAUCUGAAAAUACUGCGUCAAAUGUGGCCCAGGUAUAGUCAACGGAACAGCAAAUGGAUCAUCAAACCGCCUGCUUCGGCCCGAGGAACCGGCAUCAAGGUAGUGAACCGAUGGUCGCAAAUUCCCAAGCGGAAACCUCUGAUCGUGCAGCGAUACAUCGAGCGUCCGUUGCUCAUCAACGGCAGCAAGUUCGAUCUGCGAUUGUAUGUUCUGGUUACCUCAAUAAACCCCCUCAGGGUCUACAUGCACACCGAUGGAUUAGCCAGGUUCGCUUCGGUCAAGUACAGCGAAAAGGCUGACACGCUCAGCGAUCGCUACAUGCAUUUAACCAACUACAGUAUUAACAAGCUGUCAAACAACUACAACGCCAACGAGGAUGCCAAUGCUUGCGAGGGUCACAAGUGGACCAUCAAAUCGCUAUGGUCCUACUUCGCCGAGCAGGGAAUCGACACGGAUCGACUGUGGGGAGCACUGAGAAAUCUAGUGCUGCGAACGAUCCUAGCCGGUGAAGGGCCGAUAUAUGCCAUGUCGAAGCUGAAUGUCGCCAGUAGAUACAACUGUUACGAACUCUUUGGGAUUGAUGUGUUGCUGGACUCGGAACUGGUUCCUUGGCUGUUGGAGGUGAAUAUUUCACCUUCAUUGCACUCCGCUUCGACGCUGGAUGCCCACGUCAAGGGGCCAUUGGUUAAGGCUUUGCUCAAUACGGUUAUGUAUCAGGUUCCACCAAGAAUACCUAUGGCUGAGCAGAAGGAAAUUCUCGCUGAACAAGGUCUCAAGAGUCCACUUUGCUAUGACAAGCGAAUAUACGUGACUGCCUUGUCGAAAGCGGAAAGACUGAAACAUAAUCAAUACAUCCAGAAAGACAUGGCCAGAGAAGAGUACCUAAACAACAUCCUAGAGGAGUUGACUCCGGACGACGUACGAUGCCUACUGUUGACCGAAGAUGAACUCGCCAGAAGUGCCCCGCUGGAACGUAUCCUUCCAGCACCCAACAGCCAUCGGUAUGUUUGCUUUACCGAACACCCUCGGUAUUACAACCGGCUGCUGGAUGCGUGGGAACAGCGCUACUGCCACAAUCGAGCCGAGGGUAUCGCCCUACUGCAGUCCCUGUGCCAACAAAAGAUCCACCUUCAGGUUCCGCCCAGUACGUUCAAAAAGGACUCCAACAGUAAACCGCAGCAGCUGCAGCAACAGCAACAACCGGACAGUAGUAGUAGCAGCAGUAGUAGUACAAACAACGAAAACGCCUCCCAGGACAGUGGUAUCCAGUCGGAUCCGGUCAGCUCAGAGCUACAAUCGCAGGAAUCCUGUUCCGCAUAUCAGUCGCAGGAAUCGAUUGAUCAAAUCGACGAGGACUCGACAACGAAAACGUCGGCGCUGAUCGAGGAAGCGAUGGAUCUGGAAAAGGAACAACAGCAGCAGAAGCCAGAAAAGUCUAACGACGCUGAAAGCGAUAAUAUCCGACUGAGUGACAAAAUCAAACUGAUUCUGGAUGACGCGCUGCUACUGAAGCAGCAAAAAUGCGGUGAUACCGAAAAUGCCAUUAUUGUACAGCAGUGAUGUAAGUAGUCUUAGUUUCAGUUUACUACUUAUGAUUUGUUCAUAUAGCAAGAGUAUGAAUUCACGGAAUCCGUUUCUUGAAUAACCGGAGCAACGAUACUAGAUUUGUUUUAAUCCGGAUGUUGAUUUUCCCCGUGCGUCUGAUUCGUGAUACAUCUUCUUUCUGUGUAGGGAAAUUACUGUUUUUAGCGGGUUUGUGUUAAAAAGACUGAUCCGAUGUGUUCUCUAACAAAAAGGAAAAAAUAUAUACAGAAACGUGUGGAAAAUUUAGUCUUAAUCUGACUACUCAACCCAUAGCGGAGUAGACCUAUGUAUGUAGCUUUAACGGAGCCAUUUGUUGAUCUUAGAGAUGAAAGCAUAUUUCCCCACUUUAGAACCGUUCCUUUCCAAUAACCUUAAUAUCAAAGUUUACCAACUAUGCUAAACAAUAGAAGAAAGCACUAGCAAAAUCGAAUAAAUUUAUCACCCCCUAUUAUUUUUUAAUAAUUACCUUCGAUGAAAAUACUCUUUUACUAUUGUAGCAUGUAGCGAGCCAACAAAAAAACAUUCAAUUUGAAAAAACUUACAAACAGGCACGCACUAUUGGCCAGCUGUGAUUCUCAUACACGGCCAAUGAGACUAACUCAGAGAGAGAGAAAGUCGCGUUUACUCAGUUGUAUGAGAAAUUUCUAAAAACGCAGGUUACUCAGUCUCAUACAACUGAGUAAAUGUGAUUCUCUAUUUGGGCUAGUCUCAUCGGCCGUGUAAAUACUAAAGUGGUUAGUAUUCUUCAACUUUAAGUUUCUUUGGCAAGCAUUAAACGGACAGGAUUUCAAAAAAAGGAAUACGGAGCAAAGACUACUAUACUUCCAGUUUUAGUUUACUCAGUUUCUAGUUUAAAGUUCGAUCACAUUUUUAUAAGUACUGGUCAUUCAAAAACGUCAGCUCUAUGUGGAUGGAUUUUACGGCGGUGUGUAUGUACGACAGGUGGGGCCGGUCUGGCGCAAAAAUCAGCCAACUGUAAAAUUUUGCAAACAAAAACGAAUAAAAUAGAACCGCAGCAAAACUAAGAUUCUAAUUUUAGGUUUAAGACAAAGAGGAAAGAAAUUAGGCAAGUAAAUAAAAAUCGUUUAGUAAAUUAAA